AUGGAGGAGGAAGACGGGGCCCACGGAGAACUGAAGCUUCGCAGAUAUACGAGCAUCGUAGUUAUCAGUGGAAGAUCAUUGCCUAGUAGGGGCAGAGAACGCCGUGUGAACAUCAGAGAACGCCGUCAGAACAUCAGUGAACGCCGUGUGAACAUCAGAGAACGCCGUGUGAACAUCAGAGAACGCCGUCAGAACAUCAGAGAACGCCGUGUGAACAUCAGAGAACGCCGUGUGAACAUCAGAGAACGCCGUCAGAACAUCAGUGAACGCCGUGUGAUCAGAGAACGCCGUCAGAACAUCAGAGAACGCCGUCAGAACAUCAGAGAACGCCGUGUGAACAUCAGAGAACGCCAACGCCGUGUGAACAUCAGAGAACGCCGUCAGAACAUCAGAGAACGCCGUCAGAACAUCAGAGAACGCCGUGUGAACAUCAGAGAACGCCGUCAAAACAUCAGAGAACGCCGUCAAAACAUCAGAGAACGCAGUCAGAACAUCAGAGAACGCAGUCAGAACAUCAGAGAACGCAGUCAGAACAUCAGAGAACGCAGUCAGAACAUCAGAGAACGCAGUCAGAACAUCAGAGAACGCCGUGUGAACAUCAGAGAACGCAGUCAGAACAUCAGAGAACGCCGUGUGAACAUCAGAGAACGCCGUGUGAACAUCAGAGAACGCCGUCAGAACAUCAGAGAACGCCGUCAGAACAUCAGAGAACGCAGUCAGAACAUCAGAGAACGCAGUCAGAACAUCAGAGAACGCCGUGUGAACAUCAGAGAACGCCAACGCCGUGUGAACAUCAGAGAACGCAGUCAGAACAUCAGUGAACGCCGUCAGAACAUCAGAGAACGCCGUCAGAACAUCAGAGAACGCAGUCAGAACAUCAGAGAACGCAGUCAGAACAUCAGAGAACGCAGUCAGAACAUCAGAGAACGCCGUGUGAACAUCAGAGAACGCCGUCAGAACAUCAUAGAACGCCGUCAGAACAUCAUAGAACGCCGUGUGAACAUCAGAUCACUGUGUGAACACUAA